AUGUCUGUUGCUGAUAUGGAGUAUUGGGCUGAGAAAAAAGCCAAAAAGAAGGCAUAUGUUUGGUUUUUGAAGCAAAGUGCACGGCUUGAAGGAAAGAAACUCCCUCCAAAUCCAUAUCCUAGUGCCAUCAAAGAGAUACAGGCUAAAGAGAGGAACUUUGUUCGUGAUCGUUUCCACUAUCCCAAGAUACUUAAAAUUGGGCAAAAGAUGAAAGAAGAAAAGGCAACUGAGAUGCAAGAUAGAAUGAAGGGUGGUUCUUGGUAA